AUGCGUAAUCUAUCCACCACAAACGACAGAUCCCCUCGACCUCCGCCUCCACCUUUUAAAUCACCCAAAUACGUGCUCCCUCAAGAUCUGCAGAACGCCAUUGACUAUGUAUCUUCGCUAUGGCCAGAAAAGCCACCACCGCCGCCAACUCCAGAAGCUGAAUGCCUACUCUGGAUGCUCAAAGCCCUCAAAACAGCAACAGAAGCAUACCUCGAAGCACCAAUUGGCUACGUUAUAGUUGCAAGCCCGGUACCCCUGGAGAGUUCCGACACGUAUACGAACACCCUAAGCUCAGCAGCUUCAACCUUGGGUCUAAGACUAGGCCUCCCAUCCUUCUUGUCCGCAAACGCCGCAGCUACAGCAUACGAUAUCAAAGCAUCCUGCGAAGACAUCUAUCAUGAUUCUUUCGAUAACCGCCUCUUCAUAGCCAUAAACCACAACCGAGCUGCUUUUUCCGUUUUUCUGUUAGAGGAAGAAUGCGAGCACUAUGACGAAGUCAGAAGUUAUCACAACAAGACUCUCGGCAGCGGCAGCGACUUAUCCAGAGAAGAGAGAUUUGAGGCAAUGAAACAUGCUCUGGAGGCAACUAUCAGAAUGCCGUUUCCCNAAAAGUGGGGAUUCUCUGAAACCAUUCAGGAUGUGGUUUCAUUUGGAGAAUCGACAGAUGAUGAGGUAUUAAGAGCUGUGCUUGAGGAAGUGUUUGGAAGUCAGCUGGAGACCUUGGAAGCUGAGGUACACCAGAUGGGUAUGGGAGCUAUCAGUCCAGUGUUCGCUGGUUCAAGAGGUGCGGCCAAAGAAUGUACGUUUUGGGAUGUUGAUUGGGAUGGGCCACAUGGAUGUCCCAUCUGA